AUGGUGGUUCCGGUGAAGGUGUUACGAGCUCACAGUGACAGCGUCACCGCAGCUCGACUCUGCUUCAGCGACCGCCGCCUCCUCAGCUGCUCCUCAGACCGCACCGCCAUCCUCUGGGAUGUGGACAGCUGCAGACCUCUGAGGAUGUUUGAUGGAGUUCAUGGGAAAACCAUCACUGAGUGUGCUUUAGUCCCCAACAGCAACAGGAUGAUCACAGUCUCCUGGGAUAAGAAGAUGGUGGCCUGGGACCUGGAGACGGGACAGACUGUGUGGAAGUGGCGGCUGGGCGGUCUGCUGACCUCCUGCAGCGUCUCGUCUGACGGCCGCCUGGUUGUUUGUGCAGCUGAUCCACAGAACAGCGUUUACAUCAGUGACGCAGCGAGCGGACAGACGCUGCACCACGUGAGCGAUCAUCACCGCUCCACCAUCACACGCUGCAGGUUCGACCCUCAGAACCAGAGAGUGGCCACGGUGUCUGCGGACCGCAGCAUCAGACUGUGGGACCUGCUGGUCCAGAAGACCACCGUGUCCAUCGACAGUAACCAUGGCAACGUCAUCUCUGACUGCUGCUUCACCAACAACGGGCACUUCCUCUGCACAGCAUCAUGGGAUAAGACGUUGAAGCUGUGGGACCUUCAGGCGGGGGGGUUUCGAUCUCACGGCGGGACGUCGCUGCAGAGAGGUCAUGAGGGCAGCGUGAGCUGCUGCAGCUUCUCUGCUGACGCGAACUUGCUGGUGUCUGGCUCCUACGACAGGACUGUUGCAUUCUGGGAUAUGUCCUCCCUCUGCCUGUCGCUCAUCUUGAAGGGCCACAGUGAUUGGGUGACAGACGUGUCAGUCAGCGCAGACAGGAAGUUGGUCGCCUCUGCCUCUAAGGACGGGACCGUCAGGUUGUGGGACAUCGAGAACAUGGAGGAGAUCCCAGAGGUCAUGGAGAAAAGAAGGACUGAAGGAUCAGGGAUUCACAUCCUCAAGUGUGAGGAGUGUGGAAAGCCGUUCCCAGUAUCCAGACUUCAGACCUCAGAGCUGCUGACUCAGUGCGUCUUCUGUCGACUCAGAUCACCGUCCAGAUAUCGACCACAGCCUCCACCUCUCAUGUGA